AUGCCCACGGCAGCCUCCACAGCCUCCACGGAGGCAGCGGUCCCCACGGCAGCUCCAGCCAAGGCCCCUCCGGCCAAGGUCCGGCCAUUGGUGCCAGCCAACCAGGUCACGGCCCUCACCAUGGCCUGCGGGUGGUACGUCCCACCCACUGCUGUUGUCCAGAACCCUGGUGCACAGCAUGCCACGGCGAGGUUCACCAACCAGCGGCCCAACUUCAACUAUCCAGAGCCCACCCACUGGAUCUGGGUGGAGUGCACCAGGUGCCAGGCGGCCAUGGUGUCACUCCAUCACAUCCACCAGGCCAGAUCCUGCAUCCGCUGCGGCCACUCUUGGUUCGAGUCCAUUUUUGGUGGGCUGUGGAUCUAUGAGCCACGGCAGGACCAGGGCCACUUCGACCAGGACGACCACGAGGACCAGGGCCAGGUGAACCAGGAGGGCCAGGAUUGGUGGGCUGCAGAAGACGAGGGCCAAACGGACCACGAGAGCGACCAUGAUAACGAGGCCUUUCCGUCUCCAAAUUGGCCAGACUGGGCAGUCAUGGAUUUUCUGAAUGCCCUGCAGGAGCCCGAGAACCUCGACGAGCCCCAGAACCAGCAGCCCAUGGAGCAGCCCACGGAGGAGCCCACGGAGGAGGCCACGGAGGAGCCCACGGACGAGCCCACGGAGUCCCAAGACCAUGCAGGAGAGGUCCACGGCCAAGGCACGGACCCAAGUCUUCGCAUGGCCGACACCACCAGAUUGGGUGAACCUACAGGCUGCUGCCCAACAAGCAGCGGUGGUGGGCCGAAUGGGACCAGUGCUGGGACAGUUUGGGCCGACAGCACCACUGGUGCCUCCAACAGCACCCUUGGUGCCUCCAACAGCACCAUUGCUGGCUCCGACAGCACCAUUGGUGCCUCCGACAGCACCAUUCCUGACUCCUCCAAGAGCAGCAUGGCUGCCUUCAGUUGGACCAAUGGUGCCCCCAGUGGCACCAUGCUUGCCUUCAGCAGCACCACUGCUGCAACCGAUGAUACAGCCAAGAAGAUUGGAGAGGGGAAGGUCCAAUGGUUCAUUGACCAUUGGACCCAGGGCGACUAUGCUCGCUGCCACAGACUCUACCAGUGGUUCAGCACGGAGUCCCAGAUGGCCCAGUACUUGGCUGAGCAUGCUAUGGUGGUGGAGGAGCACGGGAGCCUGGUCGUCACUACCAUGGCGACCACAUUCGUGGAAAGGAUCCGUGCGGCCAAGAAUUGGACAUCGGCAGGCAUCAUCCAAUUGAUCGGUGAAGUCCAAAGCAUGGAGCUGCCAGAUGCCAUAAAGGAGAGCAUCCAGGAGGCCGUUGAGACAUGCCAGACCAACGAAGCCUCCCACAUCAAGCUCUCCAGUUGCGGCCAGAAGAUAGCCCAUGUGCCAGCAUACUUGACCACGGCGGAUUGGCAGGCUCUCGAAUCUGCCGUAUCCAAGGAUGACCAGAUGUCUGUCAUGGCCAAAAGGCUCCGAGCAAUGGGCCUUACCUCCCUGAAGGAGAACACGGUGCACCAGGUGCUCGCCACCCUGCUCUACGUCAACCACAGCCGAGGCCAACCACAGAUGCAGCCGAGUGCCAUACAUUCCAUGGUAGACGACUUCCAGGCCAUAUUCCACGGCACGGCCAAGAUUGAGGCUGUGCCCAAACUGGCCACUUACUCGGAGGAUCCUCUCCAGAAUGGCGAGGCCUGGCUGAGCCAAGCAUACACGAAUGGCUGCAGUCCAGCCAAUAAAAAGCUUCCUCUGCAUGCUUGGUACAGGAAGGUGCCCAUGAGGAAGAACCAUCAUUUGCUGGUUGGCUAUCAUGUGCCGGCGGAGUCCAACAAGGCACAUGGAAGCCAUGACCAUCUGGCCAAAGCUGCCCAAAUGCUCUCCCAAUUGGCAGAACGGUGGGCUUCACCACCUGCAGAGCCAGAGAUUAAACUCUUGCAGCCUCGCCAGGACCGGCUGGCUCUGCAGAACCUGCCAACACCGCAGCAGCAACCAUCGCAGCUUGCACUUCUGCCGGUGCAGAACGAGCAGAACCAAGCGGCGGGCAGCCAAGCAGCAGUGCCGCCGGAUCCCAUGCUCGCCACAGCCGAGCCAGACAUGUGUACGGAGAAGCCCUGCAAUUCCAAGCCAAAGACUUUGCAGGAGUUUGAGGACCAGCACUUCGAGGAACUCAGGAAGAGGAAGCUUGAGGCCAAAGAGAAGGCCGCAAAGGCGAACCAAGCGAAGCCAGUGGCCAAGAACCAGGACCACCUGCCGCCGCACAAGCGGGAUCCACCGAUUUUCGGGUGCCCCAAAUGCCGAGGGAAUCCAAGCGGUUGUGGGCAGUGCCUGAGCCCAACGUACACAGGCCUGCGGCUCCCAGGCCGAGAAGCCUAUCGGGCCCAUAUGGCCCGAAAGGCCAGGAUGGCCAAGUGA